AUGCCUUUUAGAUUCUCUAAACCCAUAUCUUCCCUCUCUUUCUCUCUCUCUUUCAGAUCAUCAUCAUCAUCAUAUGGGUUCGUGUGUCUCCUCUUCUCAAAGCAAGAGCUCCUCCGCCUCUGAUUCCGUCGUUAAGCUUGCCGCUUUCAUCUCUAAACCCGACACCACUUCACCUCUCAAGACUGACGUCAUGAUCACUUCCUCCACCGUCAACGGGAUCCCUCCCAUAGAUUCCGGUCGCCGGGAUUCAGGUAGUAAAGAGGAAAUGAUAUUUUUCGAUUCACGGGGGUGGCUUGAUUCCGACUGUGAUGAUGAUUUCAUGAGCGUUGAUGGUGAAUUUACUCCGUCGCGAGGAACAACACCGGUGCAUCACAAAUUCUGUGACCAAACUCCUCAAGGAGAGGAGAAAACCCAUGAAGAAGAAGAACCGUCUCCUACCGAUAACAAGAAGAGACUCCUCGAACUUUUCAAAGAGACACAAGACGAGGAUGAAGAGGAAGAAGAUUGUGUGGCAGAAGGCAAAGCAAGAGCAUGUCUCUGGAUAAGAACACCUGCUAGAUCCUCUGCGCCGGCCACUCCUUAUAAUAACAACAAAGAAAGACAGCAAAAAUUCAAGAGAGUGAGAUCGUCUGCUCAUGGUCGCUGCGUUCCGCGUUUGGUUUCAUGUAGUAGCUUCACUGAUCGGCGACGGAAUAUGAUGAGUAGUCAUGCCCCCAUUGACGUCCAACGCUAAAGAAGACAAAAAAGAAAACAAAAAAAAAAACUUCAUCUUAAAUUACUAUACAUUAUGUUUCUUAAUUUGUCCUUUAUUGUUGUUUUCCAAAGGAUCGAACAAUGUUGUUCCCUGUUCAGGUCAUAAUAAUGCUUAUGACAGUUGUAAUGCAUUAUUUUCAUAAGAUAAUUUGUAAAGGAUCAACGGAAAGAUGCGGAAUCUCCGAUGGAAUGUUUAUUGGGAAACCGAGUUUGAGUAAUCAAAUUGGAAUGUAAAU